AUGCGUCAGGCGAGUCUACGACAUUGUCUCUGGGUCGAGCUUGCACUGUCUCCUCAGCAGCUUCCCACGCCCAGGCAAACCCUCGCUCGGAUCAUCGACUCCCAGUCUGCGUUGCAACAGGCAUCUCCGUAUUCAGCCUGUAUUAUAGCAUAUGCGAGCAGCUUCUCGUACAAUUUUGGCAUUUUAUGUUAUACUACCUCUGCGAACAGUCUUCGCAUCCUUAAUUUCAACAGUCUUCGGGGCACCGAGAAGGUCUUUGACAGCAGCGUCUUCAACGACCAGAUCGGCAUCACGACCGUGGCCGGAGAAGAUACGGUAGAUGUGCAGGCGAUCCGGUCCAUCCAGAUCCAGAGCUACGCCGCGGGCAUAGUGGUUCUCGUGUGUGAUUCGGGGCCCUUUGGCCAAUAUAUUGUCGCCGUGAACAUUGCGGACAAAAGGUCUACGCUUCCACUGUGGUCCGGGGACGCCCGCCACCCUCGCGUCCGACUGUGCAUGCCAAUCCGCUCCAGUAGCAAGCUUUUUGUCAGGAACAAUGGCCGUUUUAUGGUUGUGGGUUCGCACUCGGCGACAGACGACCACAAUCAUCACGAAUGGCUGCUGGAUGUCUACAGUCUGGAGACCGGCGAAGCCGUGACCGCUCAGCCGCUGCAGCUGCGGGAUUUCCACGGCUCCGAAAUCGGGUCCACGGCGUGCUUCACGAUCCACGACGACGAAUUCUACGCCAUCACGAGCCAGACGAGCUACGAGAGCGAGGAGGUCGACUGGACGAGCUACUACCACGUCGUGCAGUUCCGCCUGGACGACCCCAACCCGGAACUGACUAUCCAGCUCAUCUGGCGGAGGCAGCAUCUCGAGGGCCCCAUCAACGACGCCUGGAACGACCUGGGCUUCCAGAUCGAUCACUCCACGGGCGAGCUCCUGGUGGUGGAGGGCCGGAAGGAGUGGCUCAAUGGCGGCAGCCGCUCGAUUCGGACUUACUACACGCAACCCAUCCCGCGCGCCGAGUUCAAGGACCGGAAAUCCGGGCUACGGCAUCCGCCCGACGAGAAUCGCCUUAGCCGCACGCUCGACGAGCACAGCAACAGUCGGUGGGAGGAGCCCAUGGUGCGAGUCGACAGAUACGUUCACGCCGAGUUCCAAGCCGACGACGCGGGCGGGCAGCGAGCGGCAGCCAGAGAAUACAUUCGCGCCAGAACCAAGUGGAAUGGGUACUCGUUCAACGCGCAGGCUUUCAUCGAUCUCGUGACAGAUGAGGCCGUGAUGGAAGGCGAAUGGCGGCCCCACCAACGCAUCAAGUUACGUGUGGUCAGUAGACACGAACUCAGUCCCCUGGUUAGAGAUAACAACACGAACACGACGAUUGGUGGUUCUGUGGCUUUGGUGCUUCGUAAGCGCACGCGGAAUCGUGAGGGCCAGGAGAUCGAGGACGGAGAGCGAGCCUUCACCCCGAGCUGCGUGUCCAUUUGGCCCCCCGAUGACGCUCCCCAGGGUUUGCAUGAGAUCCUGUGCCCCGAGGGCCGGGCUGGAGACGUCAAAGCCAUGUUGGGCGACGAGGGUAUCGUGUAUAUGGCAGGUCCGCCUCGUGAGCCGGGAUCAAGCGAACGAGCUCUAGUCUUUAUCUCCUUCGAUCCCACAUUUGGGUUCCAAGGCAUGCAGCGGCUCGAUGGGAGUCCUGCUAUCCCGAGAUCGGAAGAAAAGAAGAGAAAGAUUGGGAAGUACUGCGAACACGACGAGACACGGCAACACUCCGCUACUUUGGGCCGUGGGAGGCAGCGCCAGAGCGAGGGCCAAGGUCUGAGAAUUGACGUCGACCGCCUUGCAGAUCCCACCAAGAGGCUGAAGCUUGAAGCGCUGGUCAAGCCAGAUGGGGGAGAUUCAACCUCUCCACCGCCUGGGAGCGACGAGCAGGAACUCAGCGUCCUCCCCCAAACGGCGCAAGCCCUCGGUCUUGCUACCGCGCCCUUGGUUGACAUCACCAAGGAUUGGCCACCUUCGCUGCCCUCCCAUGCCCAGUCCCGAUCGACGGUCCAGCCACAGAGGUCGAGGUCCCUACUGCCAGUCACGGCGCCGAGCACGGGCCCUAGAGUGCCGCCUCCGCGGUCAUCCCCAUCAGGCCCAACCUCUGGCUGGUCCUCGCCUACUUCCAAAUCCAUCCCGAGCCCGGAUCCCACGCAGCAGACUGGACAUCAAGGUCACGGCAAAGGCAAGGCGCCGGCACCUCCCAAGGGUCGCCAGACGUGGCGGGAGAAAGCAAUGUACACGUCAAUUGGGAGUGGAUACUGGCUGCGCUAG